CAACUACUGCGCUGGGUGACAGGGGGAGGGAGAAGUGGAGGGGUCCGGGGGUGACAUGUGUGACAGCCGGGGAGGCUCAGGAUGAAGUACUGCUGAUGGCAGAGUGAUAAAAGAGCAAAGAGGAUUGAGAAUUUGUCUAUGGAGUAGAAAAACUGACCGGGUGUAAACAUGGCGCGGCUCCAGCUGGUGGAGCCAGUGAUGGCAAUUUACUGCUUUGCAAGUUUUCUCAGUUUCCCAAUAAUUGGGCAGUACAUCUAUCACAGAAUGUGGGAAAAUGAAUUUAAUACCACUGUUACCUUCAGUGACAACGUAUCACACUGUGAAACCAACCAGAGCAACCCUAGCUAUAUCCAUCAGAAGGAGGUACAGAAGCGAGCUUCUAUGUUCUCUACAACUUUGGAUUUAAGUUCCCUUAUCCCAAGUCUUCUAAUGGCCUUAAUACUGGUAUCCUAUGGCGAUUAUCAUGGACGGAAGGCAUCUUUAUUACUGCCCUCCAUAGGCGGCUUAGUCACCAUCGUUGCUUAUUGUUCAGCUGCUUUCUUUGAGCUGCCGCUUGAAAUCUUGUAUCUGUCUUCAGUAUUCAGUGGAUUCCUGGGUGGUUUUGCUACAUUUAUCGGAGGCUGUUUUUCCUACAUUGCAGACAUAGCAAAGGACGUCCAGAAUAAGAACAUUCGCAUAGCUUUUAUUGACAUGGUUUUGGGGGUGUCAAGUGGGGUUGCAGGGAUCACCUCUGGGUACAUCAUCACUACAAUGGGAUUUAAAUGGUCAUUUGCCAUACCAGCAAUUCUGCACAUUAUAAAUAUUUUAUACAUCAUUUUUUUACUGGAAGAAACUGUAAAAAGGUCCGAAUUUUAUCAACCUGUACUGAGCAAAGAAGGCUUUAAGGAACUCUUCUCCGGGGUCUUUUUAUUGUUUAAGCAUUCGUCCUGCAAGAAACGCAUGACGAUCAGCCUCCUGUUGUUUGCUUUUAUGGCUUUUUUGUUUGCUAAUUUCGGAGCUGUAACCCUGUUUACUUUAUAUGAGCUGGACUCACCUCUCUGCUGGGACCCGGUACUCAUCGGAUGGGGGUCGGCCCUGUCAACGUUUUGCUUUGUGGGCAGCUUCCUCGGUGUUUACCUGCUCACACGCUGUCUGAAAGAUGCCUACAUCGUCUUCAUUGGAAUAACGUCUUGGAUUGCAGGGAUCGUUAUGGCUGCAUUUGCCACAACAACCACCACCAUGAUGUUAGUGAGAGUUCCUCUUCUGUUCUCUGCAAUGCCUCUUCCAGUGAUACGGUCAAUGAUGUCCAAAGUAGUUUUGGAAAAUGAACAAGGCGCUCUGUUUGCAUGCAUUGCCUGUCUGGAGAGUUUAACUGGAAGCCUGACCAUUGCUAUCUUCAACAGCAUCUACGCAGCCACUGUCUUGUGGUUUCCUGGCUUUUGUUUCCUGUUAUCAGCUGGACUCAGCUUAAUUCCAUUUGGAGUAGUGUGGUUCUUGCUGUGUGUUGACUAUGAAGAAAAGGAUCAUGUUCUUCUUGUAAAUGAAGAAUACAGCACUGAAGUAGAAUCUUGAAUGACAGAAAUCUUUUUCACAAGCACUUUAAGCCUGAGAGCACUUCACAUUGUCAUUUCCCCUCAAAUACUUCUCUUG